AAUUUUUAUUUUAAUCUUAUUAUUAUAUUUGAAGAUAAUACUAUAAACUAAACAAGAAAUUUUAAAAAAUCCCAAAAUAAUGUCAUUCAUUUAGUACACAAAACUCACUUCAAUUAAUUUUACUGAAGCAAUUCAUCUUUCAUUUCUUCUCUCCAUUUCGAUUCCUGGACUCGGUAUCUUGUUGCUUUAAUUUUCUGGAUGGCAGAAGCAUUGAUAACAGAAGCUCUUUUGGGUGCUUUUUUGGAAAAAGCGGUGUCUAAAGCGUAUUCAAUUGCCACUAACCAAAUCAGCCGUAUAUGGAAUUUCAAGGAGGAGCUGACAAGGCUGGGUAACUCACUAGAAAUGAUGAAAGCUUUCUUGCAAGAUGCAGAGGAAAUGCAAACAAAGAAUAAAACAAGUGAAGGUUUGGUUGCAGAGGCUCAAAGAUGUUGCUGAAGAGGCUGCUGAUGUCCUUGAUGAGUUUGACUAUGAAAUUCUCCGAAGGAAACUGAAGAUUCGGAACCAAAUUCGAAGGAAGCUAGUCGACUUCCUUUCUUCUAACAAUUGCAUUUUAUUUCGUCUCAAGAUGUCUAAUAAAAUUAAGGACAUCCUUGAAACACUGGAGGGCCUUAACAACCUCGCCAGUUCAUUUGGUCUUCAGCAGAGAGCUACAGAACAUGUGUCUCCUGUACCUAGAAGAUCAAAUGUGGAGACGUUCUCUGUCAUGGAUGACUCGCCCAUUGUUGGAAGGAAAAAUGAAGUCUCAAAGGUGGUUGACCUGUUAGUCAAUCCUAAAGGUGAGCAGGUUGUUUCUGUUGUACCUAUAGUAGGUAUGCCAGGUCUUGGCAAAACUGCAUUGGCAAAGCUGGUGUAUGAUGAUCUGCGUGUGAAAAGGCAUUUUGGUGUCAAAUCCUGGGUCUGUGUUUCUGAUAAUUUUGAUGUCAAGAUUUUAGGAGCGAUGUUUGAACAGCUUACUGGUGUUAGAGAUACCUCAAUGCCAGAAAACAGGGAUGCAAUGAUUAUGAUGCUCAAGGAGAAGAUUGAAGAGGCCAAAGGAGAAAAAGAUCAGAUCAAGUAUCUUCUUGUACUUGAUGAUGUGUGGGAUGUUAAGAAAUGGGAGGAUCUAAGUCUGAAAGGAAUCAGUACAAAUGGCGGGAAUGGAGUUAUUGUGACAAUACGCAAAGAUGUAGCAUCAACAGUGCAAGCACUUUCGGAUCAAAGCCAUCGACCAGGAAUACUAGAAGAUGAAGAAUGUUGGUCCAUAAUCAAACCACGAGCAUUGAUGGACUCUCCAAUAUCUCACGAAUUAGAGUUAAUUGGAAAGAAAAUUGCUAAGCAAUGUCGAGGAGUGCCGUUGGUAGCUAAACUUAUGGAAGGGAUAAUGCGCAAAAUUGAAAUGAGUCCUCUCGCAUGGUCGAAAAUUCAAAUAAGUGAUGCAUGGGGUUCAAUGGAAAGUGUGUUAAAGUUAAGUUUCGAUCACUUGUCUUCUCCAUAUGUGAAGAAGUGUUUUGCAUACUGUGCCAUGUUUCCUAAAGAUUAUUGCUUUGGGAAAGAGGAAUUGAUCCAACUGUGGACGGCUGAAGGAUUUCUUGGCAGCUCUAAGCAGCUGUGGAUGGCUGAAGGAUUUCUUGGCAGCUCUAUGGCAAUGGAGGAUAUUGGUGACAAAUACUUGAAUGAGUUGUUAUCAAAUUCCUUAUUUCAAGAUGUCGAGAAGGACAAAUUCGGGAAUAUCCUCACAUUCAAGAUGCACGACUUGGUGCAUGAUUUAUCUUUGUCUGUGUCACAGUUUGAUACUUUGUUUUUUCAAGAGAAAUCCAGGCUCACCUCAAAAGAUUGUUCUCAUAUUCGUCAUCUCAAAGUUGGGUGCGAUGGGGAAUCAUUACCAGAAAUUUUAACAGCGGUUGCUCCGAAAUUAUACUCGUUGUUUUCAGAGAUUGAUGUGUUCAAGAAACUAUCAAAAAGCUUCACAAGAUUAAGAGUCCUAAAGUUUGUUGGCGCUGCUAAUAUUUGUGAGUUGCCAGAUUCCCUUGGAGAAUUGAAGCACUUGAGGUAUUUGGAUGUCUCAAGGACUUCUAUCAAAGCACUGCCGAAGUCCGCAACCAAACUUUACCAUCUCCAAACAUUAAGGCUCUUGGGUUUACCGGGACUCACACUUCCAGAUGGAUUGGAAAUUUUGACAAGCUUGAAGCACUUGUAUUUUGAUAAAAAAGAACAUCAACUAGUUAAUAUUGGAAACCUAACUUGUCUUCAAACAUUACCCAUAUUUUUUGUGGGAUCAGAAAGGGGACAUUCGAUUAAGGAGUUAGGAUCCCUAGACGAACUGCGUGGAGAAUUGAAGAUAUGCCAUCUUGAGGGUGUUAGAGACGAACAAGAGGCUAAAGGAGCAAAUCUGCACCGUAAAGAAAAAUUAUUCAAGGUGAUAUUUGAUUUUGGACGGUGUGAUAGUGGGAGUAGUGAUUAUAACAGUGAGGAAGUGAUGGAAGGUCUCCAACCACACUCAAAGUUGCAAAGCUUAACUGUUUCGGAUUACAGAGGUGAAAGCUUUCCCUCGUGGAUGUUAAGACCUGUUGGUGAUUCUAAUACUGAUCUGUUUUUGCUUAACAAUUUGAUGGAGCUGAAGUUUUUCUGUUGCAUGAACUGUGAAAGUCUUCCACCUCUGGGCCAAUUGCACAAUCUCCAGUAUCUUGAGUUGAGAAAGCUGACGAAAGUGAAACGCAUGGGUAAUGAAUUUUAUUGCAACGAAAGUGUUGAUGGUAUGAAUAAGGUGAUCAAGGUGUUUCCUGCAUUGAAAAAAUUCACCUUAAGUGGGAUGGAAAGUCUAGAAGAAUGGACAGGAAUGGCGGAAACAAAGAUGAUCAUGUUUCCUUGCUUGGAGCGGCUGGAGAUUGAGCGUUGUCCCUUGUUGAAAAGUGUUCCACUAACGGGACAAUGUUCAUCUCUUGAAAAGCUUCACAUUGUCGGUUGUGGAAAAUUAAGCAAGAUUGGAGAUGGAUUAUCUACCUCCACUUGUCUCAAAGAAUUAGAUCUAGACGAUUGUCCUGAUUUAAGUUCGAUCCCAAAUUUGGAAGGAUUUUCCUCUCUUCAAUAUCUGUCAGUUCAAAGGUGCAACAAAUUGGAAGUUCUUCCAAUAACUGGAGGAUGUUCAUCUCUUGAAAAGCUUUGCAUUAUCGAUUGUGAAAAAUUAAGCAAGAUUGGAGAUGGAUUAUCUACCUCCACUUGUCUCAAAGAAUUAGAUCUAGACGAUUGUCCUGAUUUAAGUUCGAUCCCAAAUUUGGAAGGAUUUUCCUCUCUUCAAUAUCUGUCAGUUGAAAUGUGCAACAAAUUGGAAGUUCUUCCAAUAACUGGAGGAUGUUCAUCUCUUGAAAAGCUUCGCAUUAUCGAUUGUGAAAAAUUAAGCAAGAUUGGAGAUGGAUUAUCUACCUCCACUUGUCUCAAAGAAUUAUGUCUAGACAAUUGUCCUGAUUUAAGUUUGAUCCCAAAUUUGGAAGGAUUUUCCUCUCUUCAAUAUUUGUCAGUUUAUUGGUGCGACAAAUUGGAAGUUCUUCCAAUAACUGGAGGAUGUUCAUCUCUUGAAAAGCUUCACAUUGGCGGUUGUGGAAAAUUAAGCAAGAUUGGAGAUGGAUUAUCUACCUCCACUUGUCUCAAAGAAUUAGAUCUAGACGAUUGUCCUGAUUUAAGUUCGAUCCCAAAUUUGGAAGGAUUUUCCUCUCUUCAAUAUCUGUUAGUUAAAUGGUGCAACAAAUUGGAAGUUCUUCCAAUAACUGGAGGAUGUUCAUCUCUUGAAAAGCUUCGCAUUGGCGGUUGUGAAAAAUUAAGCAAGAUUGGAGAUGGAUUAUCUACCUCCACUUGUCUCAAAGAAUUAGAUCUAGACGAUUGUCCUGAUUUAAGUUCGAUCCCAAAUUUGGAAGGAUUUUCCUCUCUUCAAUAUCUGUCAGUUAAAUGGUGCAACAAAUUGGAAGUUCUUCCAAUAACUGGAGGGUGUUCAUCUCUUGAAAAGCUUUGCAUUGUCGGUUGUGAAAAAUUAAGCAAGAUUGGAGAUGGAUUAUCUACCUCCACUUGUCUCAAAGAAUUACGUCUAUACUGUUGUCCUGAUUUAAGUUCGAUCCCAAAUUUGGAAGGAUUUUCAUCUCUUCAAAAUCUAUCAGUUGAUGGCUGUGACAAAUUGGAGAGCUUUCCACUAAAAGCACCACUGUCAUCCCUUAAAGAAUUGAGGAUAGGUGAUUGCCCUAAUUUGAAGCCCAUUCCAAGUUUAGAUGGACCCUCUUCUCUCACAAAAUUAGAAUUUGAGAAUGUAGGCGAAGAAUGGAGUCGUCUGCUACCAAAUAUGUUGCAAUCCAACGUUUCCCUUUGCAGUCUAACAAUAUUAAAUUUGCCUGAUCCGACAUGGAUUCAAGAUGACAGCCUUGGUAGGCUUAACUGCUUGAGAGAAUUAGCUAUCGGUGGUUUCUCAGAAGAGCUACAAGAAUUACCGUGGCCCAGUUCCAUUCAAUAUCUCAGUGCCUCCCUUCUAGUUCUAAAACUGACUGGUUGGGAAAAGCUAAAGAGUCUUCCUCACCAACUUCAGUUCUUCACUGCCCUCGAAGAAUUGAGGAUGGAAGGGUUUGAAGGAGUAGAAGCCUUUCCAGAGUGGUUGGGAAAUCUCUUCUCUAAAGCGUCUAUAUUUGAGUGGUUUUGGAAAGCUAAAGAGUCUUCCUCACCAACUUCAUCUCCCCAAUGCCCUUGAAGAUUUGACAUUCAUGGGGUUUCAAGGAAUAGAAGCCUUUCCAGAGCGGUUGGGAAAUCUCUCUUCUCUAAAGCGUCUAUAUUUGUAUGGUUUUGGAAAGCUAAAGUCUUCCUCACCAACUUCAUCUCCCCACUACCAUUAAAUAUUUGACUAUUAACAGUUUUCAUGAAAUAGAAGCCUUGCCAGACUCGUUUAGAAAUCUCUCUUCUCUAGAGUGGCUGACGAUCGACUUUUGUGAUAAGCUCAUGUACUUGCCUUCUGUAGAUGUUAUGCGAAGCCUCUCCAAAUUAAAAAAAAUGAGCAUUAUAGGGUGUCCUCUAUUAGAGACACGAUGUGAGAGGGAGAGUGGCCCUGAAUGGUCCAAGAUUUCCCACAUUCCACAUGUAUAUAUUAAUAAUCGGAGGUUUAGUUUGGGCAUCGAAUCUUUUGAGAUAUCAGUUUGAGAACCAAAUUAUGAAUUGAAUCCGUGGACACAAAAGUAAGCUGUGCUUCUAAUUUCCUUUCCAUGAAAAUUAUGAUAUUAUGCCUUUAGAUUUUGCCUUGAUAAAUAAUUCCAUGGAUAUCAUAAGUCCCUUUUCUCAUAUCUCAUAUUUUUAACUUUAAAUUUUGAUAAAGAUUUCAUGGAUUUGUUGUCUUUCCUACACAAAUAUCUCAUUGCAGCCCUCUCUUACGAAGUUCUCAAAUCAUACUGUAUUGUAAGUUAUCUAUAUUCAUUUGAAAUGAAAUUCAUUUCACAGAUCCCGGUUUUAUGCUGCCCUUGGUGACAUAUUUAAGGUAAGUGGUGUAUGACCAUUGAGAAUAACUUCAACUAGCUUUAUUACGAAAUUUCUUUUCUUUCCGAACUUUUAUUCUUUUGUAUUUGAGAAUCAUAGAUCAUGCAACCAAUAAAGAACAGCUUUGAAUUGCAAUUGUGAUUGGUACUAUUGUGAUGGACAACAAAUUCACCAUACUUUGGAUUCUAAUCAGAAGCUUGUAUUUUGUUUUGCAUUGCAUUUGUGUCUUCUUGCAAGAACUGAUGUUAAGUUGUGAUCAAUGAGCAAGUUUCUUGCAUGACUUCGAUUUCCUUCUCAUGCAAUUUAUGACACUUCUUUCUAUGAUGUGAUUAUCUUUGCAUUUACAAACUGGCUUUUAAGUUUUUAUUUGAUAAAGAUUUUGUGGAUAUGGUAAGUCUCUUUCUAUAUAUAGUCAUUUGCAAUGCACAACUAAAUUGAAUCACAUAACUCCAUAAAACAUUCAUUUAGUUUGGAACUACAAGUCAUAUAUUGCUUUGUUUAUCCUUUUUUUCUGCUAUUCUAAUUUAAGGACGAUGAGAUUUUCAUGUUUUAACCUUUUAUUAAAACCAGUACUGCUUAUGUUCCAUGAAUUAUCCAGUAUCCACUCAUGAAAUUUCUGAUUUCUCUUUGGAUGUAAAGGGAGAUGCUGAUAGGGCUUGAGUCAGAGUGAAUUGUUCUCCUUUUCAACAUUGAAGAGCUAUAAUAUAAAAGACAGCUUUGGUUCACCAAUGCAGUGUUGAUCAACUCCUCGAUCGAGGGUUUAUCUGAUGUCUGUUUGAGAUGAUUUUUGGACAAUGGCUAGUAGGCUCGCGGAUUUCGAGUGUGCAAGGAUGGCAUUUUCAUACGGAUUUUGUAUCUUUAGGUUUUUUAUUUUCAAUGUUAGUCAUAUUUGGGUGA